AUGGCCAUGAAGGUAGACAGCAGGCCUGGGGGGCUCCCCAGCAGUGGCUAUGACCUGGGUGCAGCCCAAGAACACAUGCAGGCGGUCACCCGAAACUACAUCACCCGCCCCCGUGUCACAUAUAGGACUGUGUGCAGUGUCAAUGGACCCCUGGUGGUGCUGGACCAGGUCAAGUUUGCCCAAUAUGCUGAGAUUGUCAACUUCACCCUCCCCGACGGGACUCAGAGGAGCGGACAAGUGCUUGAGGUGGCUGGGACCAAGGCAAUUGUUCAGGUGUUUGAAGGGACCUCUGGGAUUGAUGCCCAGAAGACCACCUGCGAAUUCACAGGGGACAUCCUACGGACUCCAGUGUCAGAGGACAUGCUGGGUCGGGUUUUCAAUGGCUCUGGCAAGCCCAUUGACAAGGGGCCAGUGGUGAUGGCAGAGGACUUUCUGGAUAUCAAUGGCCAGCCCAUCAACCCCCAUGACCGCAUCUACCCUGAGGAGAUGAUUCAGACUGGCAUAUCUCCCAUCGAUGUCAUGAACAGCAUUGCCCGUGGUCAGAAGAUCCCCAUCUUCUCAGCCGCUGGGCUCCCCCACAAUGAGAUUGCUGCCCAGAUCUGCCGCCAGGCUGGGCUGGUGAAGAAGUCGAAGGCUGUGCUGGAUUAUCAUGAUGACAACUUUGCCAUCGUCUUUGCGGCCAUGGGGGUGAACAUGGAGACAGCCAGGUUCUUCAAGUCUGACUUCGAGCAGAACGGAACCAUGGGGAAUGUCUGCCUCUUCCUGAACUUGGCCAAUGACCCCACGAUCGAGCGGAUCAUCACCCCGCGCCUGGCACUGACCACUGCUGAAUUCCUUGCCUACCAGUGUGAGAAGCACGUGCUGGUCAUACUGACUGACAUGAGCUCCUACGCAGAGGCCUUGCGGGAGGUGUCAGCUGCCAGAGAGGAAGUGCCCGGGCGCCGAGGCUUCCCUGGAUACAUGUACACAGACUUGGCCACCAUCUACGAGAGGGCGGGCCGCGUGGAAGGCCGGGGCGGAUCCAUCACACAGAUUCCCAUCCUCACCAUGCCCAAUGAUGAUAUUACCCACCCCAUCCCAGACCUGACGGGCUUCAUCACAGAAGGACAGAUCUACGUGGACAGACAGCUUCAUAACAGACAGAUCUACCCCCCUAUCAACGUGCUCCCUUCUCUGUCGCGGCUGAUGAAGUCUGCCAUUGGGGAGGGUAUGACGAGGAAGGACCAUGGAGAUGUGUCCAACCAGCUGUACGCCUGCUACGCCAUCGGGAAGGACGUGCAAGCCAUGAAGGCAGUGGUGGGGGAGGAGGCGCUCAGCUCCGAGGACCUGCUCUACCUGGAAUUCCUGCAGAAGUUCGAGAAGAACUUCAUCAACCAGGGCCCCUACGAGAACCGCUCGGUGUUCGAGUCGCUGGACCUGGGCUGGAAGCUGUUGCGCAUCUUCCCCAAGGAGCUGCUGAAGCGCAUCCCGCAGAGCGUGACCGACGAGUUCUACUCCCGCGAGGGGGCGCCGCAGGACCCCGCGCCCGACACCGCGCUCUAG